AUGGUGUUCCUUUUGCAGACUAUUUGGAAUAGCCGAAAUGAGAUGGUCUUCAGAAACAUCACGCUCACUCAUCAUCAGGUCAUUUCAAUGGCUAUUUAUUUCUUUGAGGAAUUCUCUUCGGUGCAGGUUCCUACCUCUAAUCCUCAAACGGUAGCCCUUCAGUCCCCAACAUUUUGGUCACCUCCUCACAAUUUUGUUAAAUUAAAUUUUGAUGGAGCUUUUAAUAUACCUUGUAACAAAAGUUCAAUUGCUGUUUUGGCAAGGGACUCGGAAAGUAUGCCCUGUAAUUGGUCUUGUAAGCGUUUUACAGAUGGUCUUGAUCCUCUAAUUCUGGAGGCAUUAGCUUGUAGAAAAGCACUGGUCCUGGCUCAAUCUAGGGGGUUGAAGGGAAUAAUCAUGGUUGAAGGGGACUCUCUUAAAGUGGUUAAUGCUAUUCACAACUUGCCCCAUUAG